AUGUCAAAUACAAGAUUAAGAAUGGUAAGUUAUCAUAUUGUCUGUCCCUGUCAAAUAGAAGGUUAUGAAUGUGAUUUUGGUUACGAAGGUUCUCAUGAAAAUGGUAAAUGUAAACCAUCAUCAUGGUUUGAUCCUAAUGAACCCUCUGUGGAAUGUUCAGAAGGAAAGAAAUAUAAUAAAAGUGUUGGAUAUCGUAAAGUUGCUUCAGAUAAAUGUAAAGGCGGUAUAGAAUUAUCUGAUGUUUAUAAACCAGUUGUUAAAGUUUGUUCUGUCGUAGCACCUAAUGGUUUAUCUUUACAUACAGAUAGUAAUGUUAUCUCAACUAAUACACCUAUUACUAUUGAAUUAACACAGGCUGGGGGAUCAAGAAUAUCCACGAGCUAUACAUGGAAUUUUGGUGAUAAUCAAACAAAGACUAUUACUGGGCUAGAGAAAUCAACUCAAAUUAAACAUACUUAUAAAAAGUAUGGCAAAUAUAACAUAUCACUUAUUGCUAGUAAUAAUAAAGGAAAAUCAGAAGCUCAUCUCUUUAUUAGAGUUGAAGAGAAAGUGACAUUAUUGAUGCUAGAUGUGCCCAAAUUUACACAAAGUCAGAAAUCUACCAUGAUAGAAGUAUUUACUGGUUUUAGUUACUUUCCUUUAAGUAAGAAUAUUAAUCAUACAUUAUUUGUAUGGACAUGGGGCGAUGAGAAUGGUAGUAAUCCUGAACUGUCCUGGUUAAAAACAAUACAUCAUACAUAUAAUAAAUCCGGUCUAUAUCAUGGUAGUGUAGAAACAUUGAAUUCUGUUAGUUCAGUAUAUAAACAGUUUACUAUUCAAGUAUUUGUGUUUUGUCAGAAACUGGCUGAGGAUGAAAACAUGCUAAACAGAGAAAAAUCUUACUUUGAUUAUUAUUCUAAUAUUACCAUUCCAUUGUUAUUUUAUCCUUUAGAAAAGACAAGUACAGUGAGAUUUGGUUUUCUAUCAAGAAUUAAUAUAUAUAACUUUAAUAGCAAUCUUCAAACUAGAGUCUUAUUUUUGAAUUUGUUAAAAAGAGAGAUCAUGAAUGCCCUAGGAAUUGAAGACAGUAGACUGGAUGUUCAUCAGAAUAAACUGGAACCAUUCAGUGUAGAUAUAAUAUUAGUACCAGGUGAUACAGGGGAAGUUAAACAUGAAGAUUUGGCCAAGAAGUUGAUUGAUAUCGUUAAUAAUGGAGAUUUAAGUGUUAAUUUAGAUGGCUCUAAAAAUUCAUUCCAUCAGAUACAAGUUAAAAGUGCCUCACUAAUUUCAGAUAUAGAAACACCAACCACUAAUACGAAUAAUUCACCUAAUUUACGUCCAGUAUAUAUAGCUGUACCAGUAUUGAUUGUUAUUGUUGUCUUGACUACUUUGGUUUUUCUAUACUAUAGAAGAAGUUAUCGUCAAGCUAAGCGUUAUAGUAUGUUAAGAAUUCAUAAUGAUGAAGAUAAUGCUAUGUUAGGUGAAGAUGAUGAUGAUGAUGAACCACCAUUGGAUUUAAAUCCUGACUUUGCUCGAGAUAGAAAUUAUCAUGAUGAUCAACUUGAUCUUGGUUCAGGGAGUCAUCUGGUUAUGGUAACUGGAGGAAGAAAUUCUGAUGAAGAAUAAAACAGCAUGAUUAUAGGUUGUGAUCACAAAUCUUCAACACAAAACCAUUUAUUCUGAAGCUUCAACACAAUUCAGCUUAUAGGAAAUGACAAAGCAGAAACCUUAAGAUGCUGCUUCCAUUAGUUUUCUUAAAGAAAAACUGGUCGUGUGUAAAGUUUGUAGUUAAUCAUUGAAGGAGAUGUAUAUAUAUUUGUUUGACUAUUUAAUAGUUUUUUUUAAUAUCAUUUUUCAUUUUAAGCAAUUUUUGUUAAUUUAAUCUCAAGAAGCCAGUUUAAGCUUUUAGUGUACAAAUCUUAUCUUGGAUCGCUUGAGAUCCUUACAGGAUAGGGACAUAGCUAAAAGUCAUAUUUGUUGCUUCUCUUUUGUAAACUGAGACAAUUUAGAAUAAUUGUUUUAAUUUGUUUUAAUUAUCCAUUGAGAUAAUAUUUCUUUAAGAAAAAUAAACAUCUCAAUAGAGAUAUUGAUGUUCUGUAAAUAAUUUGUAUUUUGAAAUAGUUAAUAUUGUUUAAUUCCAAAAUUUUAUGUAUAUUUAUAAGUAUCUGGGCCCCCUUUCUCAAUAAUUAGCAUGACUUAAGACUGAACGUAAAAUUGUCGUAAGUUAUCGAUUACGUGUGUUUCUCAAGACUAUUGAAAGUGUCAUGAAUAAUAUUAUGAUAAGAAUGGGAGUACAAAAUUUGACAUGACACAAAUAUUUAUUUGACAUAUCAUCUAUAUUGUCUGAUUGUUAAUGUAAUAGUUAAAUCAUGUUAAGUAAACUUUUAGAGAAGUGGGUGGAGGGAGUGAAGUGAGUGGGUAUUUGAUGACCAUUAUGUAUGGUUUUCAGUGUUAUUAUACAACUGUGAUACUUGAAUCUUAUGACCCUCCAUUAAUUAACACAAUUUGUAUACUUUAACAUAUUGUGGGUGACCGCUUGAAACCUCGUAUAUGCUGUGUUUGGUCAUUUUGACUUUUUGAUACCGUACGAAAGCUCGUAAAAGCACGGAUCUUAUGAACAAAUCCUCGUAUUCUUAGCUUGAUUCUAAAUAACUCAAAAAGCGCUAAUUAAAUAACACGUAUAUAAACAGUCAGAUUUAAAACCUCUUUAAAUAUAUUAUUAUACGAGGUUGAAUGUUCCUUUUCUGCGUAUGAAGAUGAAAAACCUCGUAUUCUGUAUUAUUAUACGAGUUUUUGGUUUUUGGUGAUUUCGAAUUGUUAUACGAGGUUUAUAUUUUCCAAGAAUGAAAACCACGUAUAGCGGUAAAAAAAAUAAUCAAAAAGAUUUUAACAAAAUACGCGUACAAAUAGUUUGUUGCGUUUUUCUCGAAAAGUAAUUCCGCGUCAGAUAUCGUUAUACAAGGUUUCAAGCGGUCACCCACGAUAUUGUGAUGUUAUAUUGUUGUUUCAAUAAGCAAUUUUCUAAAUAUUGAUUCUGCCUCGUAUGGAUUAGACUGUGUUUAUUGUAAGUUAUCUAUUGAUAUUAUUAACUACAGUAGCACACAGAACUAAUUAAAAGGCACAUGUGCUUUCUGUUGAAUCCGAGGCUCAUUUUUGACCUGUUGUGGAUUUACAUGUACAUAUCUCAAUUUUAGUGAACAAACAGGACAUCAAUUUUGAAUAUAUUUAUAUACUUGAUCAGUCUAUAAUUUGUUGAAUCUCAUGUCAAUGUUUGUGCCUUUUUUUACUUAUGACUUUUUUUUAUAUAAUCAAUUAAGUCUGAACUUUUUACACACAUCCAGGGGCAGACUGAGGAAUUCAAGGGCACUACAAUUCAGAUUUCAAAAUAAAUUUGAAUAAGCAUGAAUGAAUUGAAAAUAUGAUAGCCUAUAAUUCAAUGAGAAAAUCCUAGUAAAAGUAGGGUAAGGGGAAGAAAAGAUUAGUUGACAUUAGAGCCUAGAACUGCUCAGUUAUCCCCUGCAUACAUCAGUUAUUUAUUCACAUAUAUAACUUUAUUGCGACUAUUGCCUUCAAAAUUCACCACAUUUUUUGUCCCUUCUAUAUAGCCGAUCUUAGCUCAUUUUACUGUUUACAUUCCAGUGUUAUUAUUAAAAGUGUGUAGGUUAUUUCUCUUCAUAUUGUUUAUGUUAAUUUCUGCUUCAUUGUAGACAAACAGGCUUGUAAUAUCAAAUUGAUUACAAACUCUUUGUUAAAGCCAACCUUGUAAUGUAAUAGCUGAUUAAAAUGCAGAUCUAGAUGCCUCAUUUGGUGUUUUUAAGCAAGUUACCAAGACAUAACUUUAAUACAUGUGAACUAAUGGUAUUAAAAGAAGUUCAUACUGCCAAAGCAAAAAUAGUGGGCCAACUGUACAACUCAAUGUUUUAAUGAAUAUCCCAGAAUAUAAGGUAAUUCUGUUUCUGAACAGUCUGUUUCAAAAGGCACACAUCCUUGAGAAUAAUUUUCCUUUUAUUACAUGUGAAUUAGUGGGUUUUAUUAGCAGAAAGAUUGAGGAUUUGAUUGGGUGUAGAUUCAGAGUGACUGCUUUUAACCACUUGGCUUUUGAUUUUGUGUAAAUUAUAUCAGUUAAAGGUUAAUAAACACCAAAUUUAACCAGUU